AUUGCAGAAGCUGAAGGAGAUGUUUAUAUCAAAAUUUGGAUCGGCCCCCAAGUUUUACGUUCGUGCGCCAGGGCGAGUCAACUUAAUAGGAGAACAUAUAGAUUACUGCGGUUACGCCGUGCUCCCGAUGGCUAUAGAACAAGAUAUACUGAUUGCGGUAGAACCUGUAAAAACUCAAGUUGUGCAACUGGCAAACACCAAUUCUUUGUACUCGGAUUUCAGUACUAGUGUUAAUAACAUUCAGAUUAACAAGACCAAACCUCAGUGGCAUAACUACUUCCUGUGUGGACUGAAGGGUGUUCAGGAACAUUUUGAUCUUAAUAACCCAACUGGAAUGAAUUGUCUGCUAGAUGGAACCAUCCCUCCAAGUUCUGGUCUCUCUAGCUCCAGUGCUUUGGUGUGCUGUGCAGGACUCGUGACACUAAGAGCUAAUGGAAAAACCCUCUCUAAG